AGAGGUAAUCAUCUACUCAAAUAUGCGACAAUCAUCAUCAGCACUGGCAUGGCCCCAGUUGGAGCACGCUCCCGGUCGUGGCAGCUCCAGUGCGAUGCAGCCACUGGUGAGCAUCCAUGGGAGAACAGUGGGAACAGUCCAAAACCACAGCCUGGAGGAAUCAGAGCUGCUUGCUGAAAGGGAAGGAGCACAGAGACACAAUUACCGCUUCCAGAGCACUAAGGAUGCCGUAUAUGCACCACAUAAAAGGCAUCCAGAGAACCUAGGCAGGAAACAGGCUUAUGUAGGCAACUCAGAGUUGCGGUGCUUGGCUGCCAAGGAAGCGGAGAAAAUGCUGGUGGCCAGGUGGGGCAGCUCUUCUUCCACCAGGACCUCUGAGGAGGUGAUGAACCCAAUGGCUCUCACCCAUGGGAUAAGCCGGCAUCAGAAGAAUUUAAAUGAAGAGAGGCAGCAGCAGGAAGCAGGAGAUGCUGAAGCUAAUCCAGCGUAUCACUGUCACGGCUACUCGCAGGCCUAUGAGAACAGGAAAAGGGAGCAGCAUCAAGCCCGGAGGAAGCUCUGUGCUGCAUCAGCCCAUCACAAUCUCCAGAGAUCUGGAGAUAUCAGUCAAGCCAAUGACACCCUAUAUAGUCCUGAUAUAAGUGUCUACCAAGGAUUUUUGGUGGCUAAGGACCAAAUGUGGAUUUCAAAAUACGGACACACGUUUCACACAGGUGGGCAGAUUGCUGGGAGCCUGGCGGUGAUCACUGAUGCAGCACACAUCCUGGUGGACUUGACAAGCUUCCUCAUCAGCCUCGUCUCGCUGUGGCUUGCCUCCAAACCUCCCACCAAGCAGUUAACUUUUGGGUGGCACCGAGCAGAGAUUCUGGGAGCUUUGAUGUCUAUGAUAAUCAUUUGGAUGGUGACUGGUGUGUUGACAUAUCUGGCUAGCAUGAGGCUGCUACACCCUGAUUAUGAUAUCGAUGCUACAGUGAUGCUCAUUACCUCUGCUUGUGCCAUGCUCGCCAACAUCCUACUAAGCCUGGUUCUGCACCAGACUGGACAUGGGCACAGCCAUGGGGCACAAGCCAGAGAAACUGUGUCGGCCCCUCCGGAGAAGCCAGCUCUGAGAAAUGCCAGCCUGCGGGCAGCCUUCGUGCAUGCCAUUGGAGAUCUAUUCCAGAGUAUUAGUGUGCUAAUUAGUGCACUUAUCAUCUUCUUUAAGCCAGAAUACAAAGUAGCUGAUCCAAUCUGCACAUUUGUGUUUUCCAUCUUUGUUUUGGCAACCACCAUCACAAUUUUAAGGGAUAUUUUGAUUGUGUUAAUGGAAGGAACAGCAAAAGGAAUUACUUAUGAUGCAAUAAAAGCAAGAAUUUUAGCAGUUGAGAAAGUGGAGUCUGUUCACAACCUUCAUCUUUGGUCUCUGACAAUGAAUCAAACUAUUCUAUCUGCUCAUGUUGCCACAGCAGACACAGAAGACAGCCAGAAGAUUUUGAAAGACAUCACCCAAGCCCUGUUUGAGCACUACAGCUUCCAGUCCAUCACCAUUCAGAUUGAAUCAGGAGAGGAUCAGAAACAAGACUGUGUCUUCUGCCAGGAGCCCAGGGAUUAAAGGAAGCAGUAUGCUAUGCAAAGUAAUGAUCACUUCUCUUACAGUUAUAUUCUCCACUGAUUUUCUUCUCAGAGACUGAAGCUGACUGGAACAGUUCAUGUAGCUUCUGCCUAAAUAAGAAAGAGCAGGAAUUCAUUAAUCAUGCCACAACCUGCUCAUCCUCAAAGAGAAUCGAGCACUCUGGGCUAGCUCCUGGACUAGCAGCAAUUCUGAUGUCAAAACGCCUGGAACUGGUGUGCUUCCCAGCAGCAGCGUGCAACCUGAAUCUUUAACUUUUGGCUCCUGCCCUGCUUUCUCAUUUGCUGAUCGGCAACAGCUAGACAUGCUUUGAAGGAUGUGCUGUGCUUUGAAGGAUGCGGUGCACUUUGAAGGAGCAGCAGAAACUGCUGAUGAGCUUACGAGGAUGUUGCAUCCAGACACAGAGACAUUUUUUUUUUUUCAAAAGCAGAUCCUUUGUAGGAAGCAAGAAAAAAAUAUAAGGACAUAAAUGGGAAUUCCUGUGGGUUUCAAAGUUAUCACAGUGCCAAUCAUCUGAGAAAUGUUGGGGAACAAGCUGCGAAGCUGUAUUUGGCCUACAAAGGGGUGCAUUCCCCCUCAAAAUGCAUGAGCAGCAGGAACAAUUCCACAGAGGUGCCAACAGGAGAAGAGUGUGAAUGUGAAGUGAAAUUUAACAACUCCCUGUGCCCUUUAAACUACACUUACAGAAUUAAAUGCAGAA